CCUUUGAAAGUGCUGUAAUGAACAAGCUGUUCCGCACGAUUUGAAAAUAAUCCGCGUGUCAGUGUCAUCUUUCUUAUGCAAAGUAGCUGUCUUUGAAGGCGGAUCUUUUGGCAGGUUAGACCGGGACGGAGGCUCCGACCAGCUCAGACGAGCGCCGCCACCAAACGCAUCAACUGCCUGCUUUACGGGAGGAGCGUAAUCCUUCAUUUCUGGGACACGUUUAUGACGAUCACCGAGGAUAUUUAUCCCACUUAUUUUGCAGGCUGAUUCAUUGUUUUUUUGCAGGCUGAUUCAUUGUUUUCUGGUGCCUUGCGAGGAGCCGCGUAAAGAGCUGGAGGGAAUUUAUUUUUGUUGUUUUUCCAAGUUGCCGCACAGGGACUGAAAUCGCAGAGCAACACAGACACAGACUCCCCGAAAAAAAAGUGUCAUGAAACGUGAAAACGGACCAGUGAGUGUUUUGGAAACAUCAAGGGAACUAAUCGGGAGAGCCAGAGACUCAGUUUUGCUCCCAACACACUGAUAUGUGCGGAGCGGGAGACGGAACAAGUAGCUCCACUUCAGCCACUAACUGAGCGCAUGAAAGCAUGGACCUGACGGCACACUGCCAGCGAGGAGACAUUGUCGGACCGUAGCGGGAUUUAUGCUUUUGUUUAACCCUCCAUUUCCCAAGUGUGGAAACGAUGGUCUAGAAAAAGACAGCUGAGUAAGUUUUUCCCCAUUUUACCGCCAACACUGACUUUUUCAUGAAAGAAACUUGUGCGUUUUCUCUGAAUUAAGAAGAGAGAAUGUGUUCAACUGUUAAACUGAGCCUGAUCUGUGUGCUGCUGCUGCUGCUGCUGCUGUGGACUGGUGGUGGUUCAGCAAUCAGCUCAAUAGACCCAGACUGGUCAGGAGAGGGGAGAUGUCAACACAUCAGUAUCCCCCAGUGCAAAGACAUCGGCUACAACAUGACCCGCAUGCCAAACCUCAUGGGCCACGAUGACCAAAAAGAGGCAGCUAUAAAGCUGCAGGAGUUUGCCACUCUCAUAAGGUAUGGAUGCCACAGUCACCUCAAAUUUUUCCUGUGUUCCCUGUACGCUCCCAUGUGCACAGAGCAGGUGUCAAACCCCAUCCCGGCGUGUAGAGUUAUGUGUGAGCAGGUGAAAGUGAAAUGCCUGCCGGUGCUGGAGAAGUUUAGCUUCCCCUGGCCAGAUUCCCUGGACUGCUCCCGUCUGCCCACCAAAAAUGACCCAAACAACCUCUGCAUGGAGGCACCCAACAACGGCUCAGACGAGCCUCCCAAAGUGUCCCACACCCAGCCUCCAGAGUUCAGGCCACAGCGGCCUCUGAGUGGACAGGACCUGCACCUGAAGGACAGCAGCAGCAAGCAGGCGUGCAGCAACCCAGGAAAGUUCCACUUUGUGGAGAAGAGUGAGUCCUGCGCCCCUAAAUGCUACCCCAAAGUGGAUGUAUACUGGAGUCAGGGGGACAAGCAGUUCUCUCUGGUGUGGAUGGCCAUCUGGUCCAUCCUCUGCUUUGUCUCCAGUGCCUUCACUGUGCUCACCUUCCUCAUUGACCCGCAGCGCUUCAAAUACCCAGAGAGGCCGAUCAUCUUCCUCUCCAUGUCCUACUGUGUCUACUCUGUGGGCUACCUCAUUCGACUUUUUGUGGGUGCUGACAGAAUAGCCUGCGACAGAGACAAUGGGGUCCAGUAUAUUAUCCAGGAGGGCCUGGAGAGCACCGGCUGCACUAUUGUGUUCCUCAUCCUGUAUUAUUUUGGCAUGGCCAGCUCCCUCUGGUGGGUCAUCCUGACCCUCACAUGGUUCCUGGCUGCAGGGAAGAAGUGGGGUCACGAGGCCAUCGAGGCCAACAGCAGCUACUUCCACCUGGCAGCGUGGGCCAUCCCAGCCGUCAAGACCAUCAUGAUCCUGGUGAUGAGGAAGGUGGCAGGGGAUGAGCUGACAGGCGUCUGCUACGUGGGCAGCAUGGAUGUCAAAGCUCUCACAGGCUUUGUGCUCAUUCCUCUCUCCUGCUAUCUUAUUAUCGGCACUUCUUUCCUGCUGUCUGGCUUCGUGGCCCUCUUCCACAUCCGCAAGAUUAUGAAGACAGAAGGAGAGAACACAGACAAGCUUGAGAAGUUGAUGGUUCGCAUCGGGGUCUUCUCCGUGCUCUACACCGUCCCGGCCACUUGCGUCAUCGCCUGCUAUUUCUAUGAGAGGCUCAACAUGGACUACUGGCGCAUCCUUGCAGAGGAGCAGAAGUGCGUGGACAGCAGCGGGCCAGAGUCGGACGAGUGUGUCAUGAAGGCCUCCAUCCCCGCAGUAGAGAUCUUCAUGGUGAAGAUCUUCAUGCUGCUGGUGGUGGGCAUCACUAGUGGUAUGUGGAUCUGGACCUCAAAGACUCUGCAGUCGUGGCAGAAUGUGUUCAGCAGGAAGCUGAAGAAGAGGACGAGGAGGAAGGCUGCCAGUGUGUUCACCAGCAGCAGGCCUUACAUCAAGCCUCACCCAUCUCUCAAAGGGCAUAGUACUAAAUACGAGCCUACACGGCCUCCCCCAACAUGUGUAUAAGCUGGCUAGCUUUGUACAAACCCAAAAAAUACUUUUAAUGCCCUAACCAAGACUUAUAAUAAUCACAGUGCCAUCAAAAGAAUCAAGGUUCAUGUUUUAUUUAUGCUAAAUGCAUUGAAGAUAAUACAACGUGGGGUGUUUUUUUGUAUCUUGAACCAUGUCACGCAACAAGAGCUGCCUUUGUUUGAGAAAAAAUCUGCUACUCCUGGAUUCACUUAUCCUAUUGAGGAACUUGGUAGAGGAAAAAAAAAUCGCAUUGUUGCCAAGACAAAAAGAGUGGAAUAAACCAUUUGGAUGUGCCAUAGGGCUACUUGAAUAAUGUGCAAUAGAUGUUUUCCUUACAGGCAAAAAGACACUUGUACUGUUGGUGACAGAUUACAGACAAUGAAAGGACCCCAUAGACAAUGGAGGCAAAUGGUCAGAGAGAUGAGUGUUGUGUUGUGAGGCUUUUUCAUGGAAAUCGAGGCAGUGACAUAUAUGUUUGAACUGGACUGAGAGCAGCUGUUGAAAGGCGCUCGAGACCUUACCAACUGCCCAUUGUGAGGCAAAUCCAUGCCAUAAAUUAAUCAAGCACUCCAUAUUAAAAACUUAUUUGUACAUGCAGUUUUCUUUUUUUUUGUUGACGUUAUUUUGCUGUUUUAUAGCACAAGGGAACGUUUGUAUAUAUUUCUAAAAAAGUUGAGAUUUUAUAGAAAAAUUAAUAAAACGUUCUAGUUUUAAAUGUU